AUGUAUUUGUAUGUUGAUAAUUAAAUAUAGCCAACAUUCAGAGCUUAAAGUUUUAUUUAGGAAGACACUAGUGUAGAUUUAAAUAAUAAUCUUGUUGGAUUUAGAUACUUGUAUAACUUUAAUACAAGCUUAGAUUAAGUUUAAUCUUCUACUAAUACUACCUAUUUAGUGUUUGUUCCUUAAUUUUAGUUUUUAAAUUAUGAUGACUACGAAUUAAUUCCACUUGAUAUUAUUGAAUGUUAAGAUCCUUAACUUGAUGGAUUUCACUGUUUAGAUUUUUCUAAAAUUUAGAAUUACACUCUCAUCUCAGCUUAAAAUAAUAAAAUUUGGUCAAGUAUUAUAAUCUAUGCUUACACAUGUUAGGAUGCAAAAGUAAAGAAUAUUUAAGUAUCAAAUAAUUGCGCCAGCGAGAAUGAUAUAGAUACUAUGAUUAACAGUGGUGGAAGUGCUUUUUAAAUAAAGCUACAAACUUCUUAAUACAACAUCACUAAAAAGCAAAUCUAAACCAACUACAGGAACUAAUAUAUUGAUUUUUAUUUGAAUGAGUUUAUAAUAUCUGACUUCAAAACAUAAAAAUAAAUAACCUAGGUGAAAUAAGGACCAUUUAUAUAGGAGGAAACUACAUUUUCAUCUCCUAUUUAGUAUUCGAUGACAACUCAGUCGUUUGAUAGAGCAAACUAAAUUUAGCAACUCAACAAUACAGCUUUACUUUAAGUUUUUAUUGAGAUGGAUGAAAUUGCUUAGUUUUUUUUUAUUUCUUAUCCAACAUUCCCUCAAGUGCUAGCUGUUUGCAAUAGCAUUCUUGCUCUAUUUAUGUGUGUAGGUGUUUUGGGUAGAAGUAUUUCCUAACAAUUGAUAAAAUAAGAUAUUUUCUUACUUAUCUUACAAAACAUACAUUAAGGAAAAUACCUUGAACUGCUAAAGAAAAAUAAACUUAUAGCAUAAGAAAAUUAGAAUUAACAAUAAGAAAGCUAUUAAAAGGAUAUUCAUGAAUAAGAUUUUAUGUAAUCCGAAACUUAAGAACCUAUAAAAAUUCCAGCAUUUUUAACUAAAUCUAGAUAAUCUGUAGACUAAAAUGCAUUAAGUCCUCAUCUUCUUCCCUCUAUCAAUAAUUUUGAAAACUCUCAAUAAGAUGAAAUAAUUGAAAGUAAAAUAUAAGAAUCUACAAUUUAGAGCAAUUCAAGAUAGCUAAAUUCUAUAGAUUAAAGAGAUUAAUUUCCUGUACUUGGAAAUUAAAUAACUUCAAUAAAAUAAAAUAUCUAUGCCUCCAUUAACAUAGUCAGAGAGUUUUUUAUCUAAAGUGAAACAAAUUAAGGAUAAAAUCUUUUAAAAAAGGAUUCAUAAUUCUUUAUUUGGAUUUAGGUUUUGGAAAAAGAAUGA